AUGAAAACAUUCUCGGUACUUUUACUCGCUUCCUGCCUGCUGUUGGCGGUAUACGGUAAGUUGAAUGAGUUAUUGUAGGUUUUUUCAGCAAUUAUCAGCUGGUCGAUAAUUUUUUUGUACCUUACCAUACCCUACUCUGCCCUACCCUACCCUGGUCUACCGUACCCUACCCUUGUCUACCGUACCGUACCCUACCCUACCUACCCUCCCUACUCUACCCUACAGCACCCUACUCUACCCUACCUUACUGUACUUUACCCUACCCUACCUUUCUGUACUUUACCCUACCCUGUCCUACCAUACCUUAAGUUAGCUUUACCAUAACCUACCUUAGUUCUACCAUACUCUAUAUUAGCGUUAUCUUACGCUAUAAUAGACUUACCGUAUCCGAACUUAGCCCUACCAUAACCUAGUUUAGCCUUACCAUACUUCGCCAUAGCCCUACCGUAACCUAUAUUAGAACUACCGAGCCCUACCGUACUCUUUCUUAGCUUUACAUUGCCAUACCCCUUGGCUCCACCGUACCCCCUACCUUACCGUACCUUACUCUAUGUUACAUUACCUACCUUACGCUAAACCACCCUACUUCACCCUAGUCUAACUAUAACCCUACCCUAGCUCAACUUUUUCAUUUAUCGUAACAAUUCAGAACAAGUCUUACUGUAACUUCUCUUACUUCUCUUCAUUUUCAAAUUUUCGCUUUUCAGCCAGUCCAAUCCCAAAGCCGGACGAAGGAAAACAGCUAGACAAGGAUGACAAGAAGAUAAUCGAAGGCGACAAGAAGGAUGCGGACAAGCUGAUCGACAAGCUGGACGACCAAAAGGAUAACAUCAAAGCCGACGAGAAGACCUUGAUUCAGGGCAAGAACGACGGAAAACUGUCGUCGAACCAAGCCCCUGGCUAUUACUAUGGCUUUGGCAACGCUGCUCCAGCCGAUACCAGCUUCAAUGGUGCCAUGAGAGCGAUGGGACUACCUCCAAUCGCUGAUGGUGCCAAGUAA